CAUCAACUCAACAUCGUUUUGGCCUGUCCUCUCUUAAAAACAGCUCCCAGCUUGUCAGCUUUGUUACGUUGUGACACCAUGGAGACACACCUGACGUCUGUUUGCUGCUUUCUGAUCCUGUCAGGGAUAACACAAGGGACAGGAGGGCAAAAAGUGGUCGUGACAGAAGGCAAAGAUGUCAUUUUACCGUGUUCCCUCAGCACCAAGUUCAGCUACUUUGACUGGACGAAAGCUGCUCAGAAAGAUGAACCUAGGAAGGAGGUGUUCAAGUACGACGCAGGCAGACAUUACAACAACGGACAAGACGGUCAGAGUGAGGAGUUCAAAGGUCGAGUCUCUCAUUUUCCAGAAGAGCUGAAACAAGGAAAUGCCUCCAUAACCAUCAGAAACACAAAGGUGACUGACAGUGGAGAGUACACCUGUGUUUUUCCUCGUCUGCAGCCACCUCAGAGAUUCCAGAUGGAGCUUAUCGUCUCACCGACCAUGAAAAACAGACGGGGAGAAAACAAAGCUGCAACUCCAGAGCCGUGCAUCCGUACUCUGAAAGGCCCAGCAGGCUCGGCUCUGCUGCAGUGUGAGGUUCAAGGUGCUUUUCCAAAACCUGCAUUAGAGUGGCGGGACAGUGCUGGAAACAAACUUCCUGCUGAGAAGACUCAGGACUUAGAAAGAGACGGUCGUUUCUACAUCACCCUCCAGACGACUGUGACCAAAGCUGACAACUAUCACUGCAACGUCACACAGGAAGAAAUCUUCCAUCAGACAUCUGCUGAGACCUUUGUGCCUCUCAGUGUUGCAGUGCCUGAGGACACAUCCCACAAAGUGGCAUCUGGUUUCUUUGUUGGAUUGGCUGUGGGAGCUUUAAUUGUUCUAGCUUGGUUCAAACGUCGAGAGAUAAUCAAAAUAUGUCGCAAAAAAGGUCCUAAAGAAAAUGUGUCAGAUGACCUAGAACCUGGCAAGGCCCCAAAUGGUCACCCGUUAUGAUGCUACCCAUCUCUUCCUGUCCUUCCUGCUCUCCUAUCACAGCCGAGAUCUCUUCAUGGAUGAUAGAACACUACCUUCAGCUUUACCUCUCUAUGACUUAGCUCCUUGCCAUCCCUCCUCUAUACACCAAAAAAUCAAAAGACUGCUCGGAUCAACACAACUUGUGUCCGCAAGUUCUGCAUAAAGCUGAGAUGAGCAUCAUUGAUGAGCAUCUGAUGGGGUGAGCUGACAGUCCAAGGAACUCAUUCAUUCAGAUCCACACACACUUCUCACUAACUCUUCCAGUGAAACUGUCUGUCUCCUCCGUCCUGAGUCUCCAGCUACACUCUCCUCUGUAGCUCCUCUGUGGUGGAACCAGUUACCAAACCUGAUCUGCUGAGUCCCUCUCAACCUUUAAGAAGAGACUAAAGACCCAGAGGCCUGUUGCAUGAAGUAUCAUAAGUUUUCUCCUGAAAUAUGACAGAGCUAAUAGUUUAGCUUUUCCUUCACUGAGGAACUUACUUCAGGCUGUUGAACAGACGACCGUUAGUUUGCUCGUCGGCUAGCCCACCGUUAUCCUUUCUCACAGUCGGCCUGAUAAGUCUGAGGAAAUACAUUUUUAUUUUUCAGUAUUUUGUAAUUUCGUCAGGAAUAUCUAUCGCAAAAUACCCUGAAAUAAUGUUUUGUUAAAGUUAACUUAGUUACAGUUAAACAUCAGGUUAGAAAUCUUUGUAGCUACAGGAGAUAUUUAUGAUAUUCUUACGUGACUAUUACUUUAUUGUUUGCCAUAAAAAAAGCCAUGUCCCCAACAGGUUCAACAGGUUUUUUUCUGUAGGUGUUAACGUCCUCUGUGCAAUGUUUAACACACCUUAACCUCCUUUAGUAUCGGACCAAGAUAAGGAGGAAAACUAAAAGACUUUUUUAAGAUUUUUUUUUAACUAUGAUUUAGAGGAAAAUCCUAAAUGAAUGAGCUUUGUGCAGGCGGAUCCUGCUCUUUACUGAUCACCUUCACACAUCAUCCUUGUGGGAAGAAAAAAAACCUUAUGCACUUUUUGCGCUGUCCGAGUACUCCACCCGACUGCACUGACAGCACCCUGUUGGACUCAAGCUAAAACUCAGGUACCACAGUGCUCUUUAUCCCAUAGGAAAUCAUUGUGAAGCUUUAAAUGGUAAGUUGCUGGUUAAACUUGCUGACAAAAAAUAUUUAUAUAUUGUAAUAUAAGGCAGCUCGGCUUGGUCUGUAUUACAGAAUACCAGGAUAUUUGGUAUGACAUCAUGCUGUUUUUAUGUGUGAUGUACAGCAGCUACCACCAGAGGCCAGUCUAGAGUUAAAAGUUAAAAAAAACCCUGAAAUUUCACAAAGGUCAGAGUUGUUACUUUUUUUUCUAUUCAUUAGUUUGCUGUAAUGACAUGAAUGUUGAGAUAUCUGCAUCAUGAUUCCUAAUAUUUUAUUUGUUGUAUUUUAACUAUUUAUCUCUAUCAUGUUCUCUUUGUGGUCAUGUUGUCCCUGUGAAUUCAAAAUGUAACUCUCCACUGGACUGUUGGUAAAAACAUCAUAGCACUUGUUGAACAAAGUUGAGCAAUAAUCAUGUCAGUAAGUUGGUACCAAGUAUUUUGGCUAGCAAAAAACAAAAAUGAGAUGUAUGUUACUUACCUUAGAAAAGUGAACAGCUCUGUUAGUCCAACCAAACACUGAACAAGACAUUUUUAAUGAACUAAACAUUAAGUGAAAAUACAGUAUGAAGGGUCAAAGUUAUGAGACCAAACCGGUAAAUGGCCUUUUUUAUAUGUAUAUAUAACGUAAUAUAUAACGUAAUUGACACGUUGCCAUGGAUACGCAUUGUUCUGCUUCUCUCCUGAUGAUGGCUGCCUUGUUAGUGACCUGUCAAUCAAAGCUAGCCACGCCCCAAAUCAAACAAUUCUUUAUCUUCUAUUUUCUUCUAAAUGGGUCCAUUAUUUACACUAUUAACAUGAAAUUGUCUUGAAGAAGAUUUUUUACUAGCGAUUGAGACCAUAGUGUUGUCCUAAAAAAAAUUCUGAGGUAAUAAAUCAAGUGAGAAGUUUUCUCAUUUUGUAUUGAAAUUAAUGGACAGAAAUCUUUCUGCAGCCAAACGUAGCGCCCUCUGCUGGAAUUUUUGGUAGAAUGCAGCUUAAGGCACUUCCUGGUUUGCCUCCCUGCUCAGACCAGGAGGUUGCUGCCUGGAUUCUUCUUAAUCAAUGUAGCUUGUAGAUGAUGAAUGUAGAAUGAAUGUAGAUUGAAUGAAUGUAGAUAUGAAUGUAGAUUCAUGGAACAAUGACUGCGUUACUUAUUACAAAGAGAAUACCUUUAUUCAAAUAGAUGUGCCACAUCAGUGAACUUGAGCUUUAUGUAAAUAUUUUAAUGCUUGUGUGUGAAUAUUUUGUGUGUUUUUUUUUUUUUUAUUUAAAAUACAAUAAAAAGGACAUCAAAUGCCUUUUUUUUUUACUUGUUGGAAGUAACUUGUUUCAGAGAUGUUUUUAGUCUGAGUCUUUUUUACUGAUGUCACAAGUUUCCUCUCUGUGCACUAAAUAACUGUUGUAAUGAUUAUUGGUGCUGACUGUAACUGUGCAGGAUAAACCAGCCUGUAUAGAUUAUGUAACUGGAGAAGCCAAAGACUGCCUCUUACACUACAGGCCUGUAAUUUGUGAUGAAAGAAAAUUGAAUUGAAAGGAAUUGAGUUAAAGGGACGUGGAUUUGUAUUUGCAUCGUAUUGUACGAUGACAAAGAAUAAAAAAUAUUUCAAGUUU